AUGGACAGCAAGAGCCAUGUGGCGAUUGAUAUCUCAGGUAACGGGUCACUGGAUGUAGCGCUAGCGAGAGAAGAAGCGCUGCAUCGCUUUCGAGAUAUUAAUUGGGCCACUUAUACGCGUGUAGGAGGGUUUUCACUUGACAAGACCGAGAUUACGGCAUUAAAGAAUUUGGAAGGAAUCAUCAAACCUAGUGCUGAUGACGUCACUAAUGUGAAAGCUGUGGACGAGUUUUUAAGUGAUGUUGGAACUUCCGUUGGCAAUACGUUGUUAAAACUGGUGAAGAAUGUGACAGAACCGACGGUGCUCAAGUAUUGUUUGGCCCGCAUGGAGGAACUAUUGCCUGAUGGUCUACGUUUGCACAAACGCAUGAUCUAUUUUGUGCCGGAAGGCAGUACUGUGGAUGCUGCUCCAUUUUUGAGAAUGAUCCGGAAUAAUACGGGCUAUGUGCAAUACGCUGCAAGCCAUUUGCUUGCACUCUUCCUCACGAUACGACCGAGUCAAGAAGAUGCUGAAGCUUUGAGCCAGUGGGCAAUCCAGGUUUUGAAGACGGGAGCGUUGUCGACCUCAACGAACGACUCCACCCGUGCAGACGCCACGCGUGCUGCGGUUGCAUCUCUAAUGGUACUUCUGCGCAACGAAAAAUUGCGAGUAGUUUUUGUCAAACUUGGAGGGGUGGCUCCGGUGGUGGACUUGCUGAAGAGCUCUCAGAACCGCGCACAGCUUGCGUACGAGCUCACCUUUAUCCUGUGGACAUUGGCUUUUUGCAACCAAGCUAUGGAAAAGUUUGUGGCUGCGAACGCAUUGGACGCGAUUGUGUUCCAAGUGGCAGCAGCUCCACGUGAGAAGGUCGUGCGCGUUGCACUAGAAGCUCUACAGAAUCUACUCGGUAAGCUCAGUGGCUUCUUCAAUGAACGAAUGAUCGAUAGCGGGCUUUUGAAGACUCUGAAAAACAUGCGCGAGCGAAAGUGGGCCGACGAAGAUAUUGCGAAGGACAUUCAAGCUGUUCGUGACGUACUCAUUCGCGAAUACAAGGAGCUGAACACCAUGGAGCGCUACGAGAAGGAACUAAAAACGGGAACACUGAAUUGGGGACUCUUGCACACUGACAAAUUCUGGAAAGACAAUUUCAUGACAUUUGAAAACAAGGACUUCGAGCUUAUCCGCUUAUUGAUCGACUUGUUGGAAUCCAACGAGUCAAAAACAGUUGCUGUGGCUCUAUUCGAUCUGGGCGAAUUUGUCCGCUUUUACCCGAAUGGCAAGCACAUUGCCAAGAGACUUGGUGCUAAGAAGGUGGCGAUGAAGCUGAUGACGCACGAAAAUGGGGAGGUGCAAAAGCAAGCCCUCCAGUGCAUCUCCAAGAUGAUGGUCAACAAAUGGGAAUUUGUCAAGUAG